AUGGACACCAACAGCAGCGCACCGUGGAUCUCUGGAGGAGCCGAGGAGACGCUGGCCACCGUCUCCCCCACCAUCUUCCCUCGCAUCGGCUACAGCAUCAUCUCCUUCAUCAUGUUCAUCACCACGCUUCUGAGCGUCUUCAACAACGGCCUGGUGAUCGUAGUCAUGGUCAAGAACUCGCUGCUGCAGCCCAUGAACUUGCUCAUCCUGAGUCUGGCCGUGUCUGACCUCAUGAUCGGCCUGUGCGGGUCCCUCGUUGUGACCAUCACUAACUACAGAGGCUACUUCUUCAUCGGGAGAGGCGCCUGUGUCUUCCAGGGAUUUGCGGUCAAUUAUUUCGGCCUGGUCUCCCUGUGCACGCUGACCCUCUUGGCCUACGAGCGCUACCAUGUGGUGUGCAGGCCUCGCGCUGGCCUGAAAAUGAGCAUGAGGAGGAGCCUGAUGGGGCUGCUGUGCGUGUGGGUCUACUGCCUGUUCUGGGCCAUCACUCCUUUGUUCGGCUGGAGUGGUUAUGGGCCGGAGGGGGUGCAGACCUCGUGCUCUCUGGCCUGGGAGGAGAGGUCCUGGAGCAAUUACAGCUACCUCCUCCUCUACACACUGCUGUGCUUUCUGCUGCCUGUGGCCAUCAUCAUCUACUGCUACUACAAUGUGCUCACCAUCAUGAACCAGCUGAACCAGAGUGUGGAGCUGCAGGGUGGCCGCUCCAGCAGGCAGGAGAACGAACACGCUGUCACCAUGGUGCUGUUUAUGAUCGUGGCCUUCUUCGUGUGCUGGCUGCCCUACACGGUUCUGUCGGUGGUGGUAGUGGCAGAUCCCGAGCUCUACAUCCACCCUCUCAUCGCCACCAUGCCCAUGUACUUCGCCAAAACCAGCCCUGUGUACAACCCCGUCAUCUACUUCCUGUCCAACAAACAAUUCCGCGACGCCGCUCUGGAGAUGCUGUCCUGUGGAAAGUACAUCCCUCACACUAUUGCCACCUCCAACAUCAGCAUGCAGCCGCUCCACAGCGAGAGACGCCUGCCCCUGACCAGGACCAUCCACAGUAAAGUGCUGCCGAUGUGA